CACCGCGGCGCAGUGACAAGUCUCUGUGCGUGGUACGUGUGGCCUUUGUGCGGGGCGUGUGUGGCUCGCGCGGGUAUACGGACGACUGGUAUAUAGUAAUCGUCACGGCAUCGUAUCUUUGUAUGAACAGAACACAAGACUGAUGAGCCGUAUCUCCGGACCGAUGGUGUGUGAUGGAAUUCAGGAAUAACUCAAUUGCUUCUGUUCAACGCGUCGCUUUCAACCAUUUCAUCCGUCGCAUAUCGCUACGAAAGGAGUUUGAUGCUUCAUCAUUUGUAUGGUGUACAUACGAAAUUUCUGCCUCGAUAGAAAAUUUCUGCCUCUGUGGAUUCAUUCGCAGCGCUUUCUCUCUUCUGUUCUGUACCCUACCGAUGUACAGCGAGUGAAAGUAUUGAUAGAAAAUUUCUGCCUCUGUGGAUUCAUUCGCAGCACUUUCUCUGUUCUGUUCUGUACCCUAAUAUGUACAGCGAGUGAAAAUAUUGAAAAUUUCUGCCUCUGUGGAUUCAUUCGCAGCACUUUCUCUGUUCUGUUCUGUACCCUACCGAUGUACAGCAAGUGAAAAUAUUGAUAGAAAAUUUCUACCUCUGUGGAUUCAUUCGCAGCGCUUUCUCUGUUCUGUUCUGUACCCUACCGAUGUACAGCGAGUGAAAAUUUUGGUAGAAAAUUUCUGCCUCUGUGGAUUCAUUCGCAGCGCUUUCUCUGUUCUAUUCUGUACCCUACCGAUGUACAGCGAGUGAAAGUAUUGUUGCGUCAAUUGAAAAUUUCUGCCUCGGAGGGUUCAUUCAUUAUUGGUACAAUUUCGGUCGGAAUUAAAACAAUAAGCCUGUUGAGCUCCGAAUCAAUAUGGAACCAAGGACGGCGAACGAGAAGACGUACAAAAGUAGGAAAAGAUAUUGGCAAAAUAUUGAUGCUUAUACAAAACUAUUUAUGGAUACGUGCAAGAGAUUACCGAAAGAGGCCGAUUAUCCGCAAUACAAACUUAUACUGACGGUUGAGGAUGGAGAGCAGCGGCGGCGGCGGCAGCGAAAUGACGCAUCGUCGAGUGCAGAGACAAGACGAGAAACCGCCGAUGACGACGAAGCGGAGCAACAUGAGCAACGCCAUGCCGUCAACGGUGAAUCGUCGAGUCGUAACAGCAACACCAACGAUGAUUCUGCGAGUAGUAUGAAUGUGAGUGUACCACAUGAGAAUGAAACGUAUGAGAGCGAAGAUAAUGAUGAUUACGAUGACAUUAGCCACAUUUCGAAUAACGGUAAUAGCGAAGCGAAUGCACGGUAUCGUGGUAAUUACAAUAGUAAUACGUUUGUAAACGGCAAUGAUAGCGAAUCUGAUCGUAGCGACGAUGAAUUUGUAAUUACCGAUGAAAGUUCGAGUGACGAAGAGACGACAGUCGCUGACGAUGAAAACAACGACUGGUGGAGUAAUGAAGGCGUCAUCGAUAAUAAUGUCGUUGACGGGAAUGGAAACGGUAACGACGAUGAACCACCAGCGGCGCCAUUACCCGAAAAACGAAGGCCAAUAAUAACAAUGCAAAAGCAUGAUCGCAAAAUCACAAUGUUUAUUACCGUUAUCGCGAUGGCUGUACGGCAUGUAUUGAGCGUUAUAGCGAUAUUAUCGUUUUUUAAAUUUUUGAACAAGUUUGAGGAACGAAAAAUGUUUCCCAAGAAAAAAAACAAUGUGGAAGAGGUUAGGUAUGAGGGAAGAUGGUUUCCAAACCCGUCAUUUGUAUUGUCGAAAGUGUCUAAGCGUUAUCGGAACAGGAAAUCCCCCAUUACAGAUUGUACUUGUAAAAUCUCUGGACCGGGAAAACCAUUGAAUACGGUAAGAUUCUUCUUAUCGUUAAAUUUGAUUGAACAAAUGAAAAAGACGUUAUCGAUACCGGAUUUCAUAAAGCUUCUUAGAUAUCCGCAAAAUCGUAAACGACGGAACGGCUAUGACAUGACCGAUAUUUACGACGGAAUGGCAUACAAAGAUUUGCAGAAACCGGGACGUUUUUUAUCAAACGAGUGGAAUUUCUCGUUCUCCCUGAAUACAGAUGGGUGCCAGGUAGCAAAAUCGUCGGGUGUGAGUGCAUGGCCUGUAUUAUUAACUAUUAACGAGCUGCCACCACACGCGCGAAAACGUUUCAUGAUAUUGGCCGGCAUUUGGGUAGAUAGAGUACAUCCGGAUUUGAACGCGUUCAUGAAACCGAUUGUCCAACAGCUUCGAUAUGCAUCACGCAUUUUUUAUAUUCUUUUUCAUACACACAUCACAGACUACAUUUACGCGGCCGCUUUGAUACCGGUUUAAUAUAUCACAAAUAACA